GGAAAUGGUUUAAAAAUAUUCUGGUAUGCUGUGAAGACAGGUUGCCCAACUACUACACUCAGGAAGGAAGAUGUGUCAAAAUGUUUAUGCAAGAUGUACCAGUGCACUAUUUUAUACGUUCAAACUACAUAGAUUCCUGGCUGCCAUACUAAUGUCCUUAAGAAACAUUUGAUUAUAUUUCAGACAUAUUUUUAUUGGCUUUCAGUCAACAUUGAAUGAAGAUGGAAACAGAAGACAGAACUGCUGUUUAUAAAUCAUUCAUUGUGCUGCUGAAUCUGAGUGCUUGGAUGGUUCUGAUAACAACUGUGGGAUUAGGAGCCAUGCAUUACAAUGGAUGCCCCAUUCAGCCCCACAUUCCUAUAUAUCUGAUUAUUAUUGGUGUGUGUGGACUCAUUUUAUUGAUGUUGGCCUACUGUAUGAACACGCUGAGCGAAGGAUUCUGGCUUCAGAUCUGCCUACUAUGUAUUCUAUGCAUUGUCAUUUUCACCGUCAUCUGGUUUCUCACAGGAACAGUCUGGGUUUUCUCCAUAUAUCCUCCAAACUACAACUCCUCAGCUGAGGGACACUACUGUCAGAGGACUCUUUACCUUUUUGCUUUUUGGUUCAAUAUCCUGUGCUUUUUGUCUGUGCUUUUUCUGAUACCUUGUUGUAUAUGUUAUUUUGUGUACGAGUGUGUUAGACGUGCAUACUCCCCAUAGGGAGCCUUAAAAUCUAAAUAAUAUCAUGUUUGCUUUAGCAUUUAAAACUUUGUAAUAUUUGUCCAAACAUAUAAGCAGAAAGAGAUAAUUUUAUAACGGUGUAAUCAUAUGCCACAUUAUUUACCUAGGUAUUUUUGUUUUUUUUUUAUUACAACUCUACUUACAGAUACACCGCCCAUUGGUCCAAUAGGCGCCUUUGUCAAAGACGUAAUCCUUGUCCAGCCAAUAGCGAGCAGGAUCUAACAUCACCUUAUAUGCGUGUACACGGACAGUUAUUUUAUAUAUAUGUAUUUCCCCACAAAAUUUCUCAUAUAUAACGAGUCCCUGCUCUUUUAGAAGCUAUGGCCGAACUGGUGGCAAAAUGCUUGGAGGCACGAGACAUGGCUUAUUGUCCCUAUAGCAAGUUUCCAGUUGGUGCUGCUAUUUUGACAUCUGGAGGUGCCAUAAUCACAGGCUGCAAUGUAGAGAAUGCUUCAUACGGCCUUACAGUCUGUGCUGAGCGAACAGCUAUACAGAGAGCUGUAGCUGAGGGACACAGAAGUUUUACAGCUAUGGCUAUCACAUGUGAUAUUAAAGAUAUCUUUGUGGGACCCUGUGGUGCCUGUCGACAGGUGCUAAUGGAGUUUGGUUCAGAAUGGGACGUUUACCUGACUAAGCCUGAUGGAUCCUAUAAGAAGACAAGUCUGAGAGAGCUGCUGCCCUCAGCAUUUAGUCCAGCUCACCUGACAAAAUCCAGCAAUUAAAACAAUGUAUUUUA